AUGCCUGAACUGGAGAGCGAGCAUAAAUCUUCCGAAAGUGAGCCAUUAACCAACGACAAAAAGAAGUCGGAGAAACGCAAAAGACCGCCGCCAUCUGAGGAAACAAGCAAUACUGAGGGAAGAUUUGUAAAAAAGAAGCGGGUCACUGUCAGAGGGGAACUCUACGAAGAACCUCUCCCGAUGAAUGUGGAAACGGUGGUCCGGAACGUGCAAGCCAUGAACAUUUCGUUUUUUCUCUAG